UCCCUAUGGAAAUUGCUUCCGUGUCGUGCUUCCAUGGAGGGGCAAAGAUCCUUUUUGGUACAAAAGGCAGUUUGGGGAUCGCAUCUCCCACCUUUUGGAUGCAGCCUCUGCUAUAGCAAGGUGAGGACCUCUCUACUCCUCACUAGCACUGCAGGACCAUUUAAAAUGCCGCAUGUAGCUGGGACUCUAGAGCGAACCUAGGCCAGUGAAAUGUGAUUAUUGGAGUUAGAAUUUUGCCGAGACACCACAUGGCAGAGCGUUACAAUUGCGAAAAGUACUGUGAGAUCGUUAAUGAUUUUCAGGAUCCCUGUGGCAUGUUACCAGGAGGGCAACACAGUACCUCUUAAUGUCAUGCAAUCUCAAUAAUUUAGUGUUCACCGAGGUCUUGUAUUGACUACGGACUUAGACAGCGUGUGCUCGGCAUGUGCAAAUGAACUCUUGGAAUUAGUGUUUACGUGGUGCUGCAGAAAUUCAGUAGAGCUGUUUCAUCUCUGUGAUUAUGCAACUUAAACACUGGCAAGAAGAAACAAUGCUGAGAUGCAAAUUCUUGCAACCUGUCAAUUUGCUGCCUCCGUGUAUCAUGUGAUAGAGCAAUUACUUGGGCUAAAGAGAUGGCUUUAUAUAUUUGAGGCUCAAAUGUAGCUUUUGCAGAGCACCACUCCAUUUUGCUUUGUAAAAUAUUGAUAUUCCCAUCAAUUUUGAAACCAUUACUGCGAAAGCUUUACGGGAGAGGAUUUGGGGAUUUCCAGUACCUUGAUUAUAGCUCUAAAAUUACAGAUCUGCAGGGCUGUGCUGGAAUUGGGCAGUGGAACCGAUUAUAAACAAAAGUGAACCCGGUUCAUCUCUAUUGCAUUUAGGAAAAAGAAUGGGGGAAAAAUUAACGCAUGAGUAAAUUAGGUUUCUAAUAUAUUAGCAGCAUGUUGGAUAGUAACAACACAAAGAUCAGUUUGAUCUGUUGUUUCUUUGUGUUACGGUUGUUUGUUUUUCUUUAUUUCUGAGGCAGUCCUGUUCUUUCCUGAGUGCUCCCUGCUAGGGCGUUCCUGUACCUCUGUGGAAAAUGGAAACAGCAACUUUGGACUUGUUCAUAGCCGUGCGUAGCUUUUGACACUGGGACUUCUCAGAGGUGGCAGAGGCUUUCAGCCCCGGUAUCGUACUUAGGACAGCUGAAACGUGCUAGUGGAUUAAUGGAUUUAAGCUAUAGUUUCAGAGGUUUCGAAUUGAAAACUGAACGUUUACUUAUUUAAGUCAGGUACAGCUCUUCAGUCCUUCUGAAAAGGAAACCUGAAGAAAACUACCCAACUGCUAUGGAAAAGAAAAGAAUUCUGAUCGCCUGCAGCCUGCUCUGAAGUGGGACAGAAUGGCUUGGAGCUGACCUGCGAGAGAAGUGGGAUUCCUGAAGAAUGAAAAAGAUAAUGCAUUGCUGUCAGCCAUUGAAGAGUCUAGGAAGAGGACCUUCGCUAUGGCUGAGGAGUAUCACCGAGAAUCAAUGCUGGUUGAAUGGGAACAGGUGAAACAACGGAUUCUUCAUACUCUGCUUGCAUCAGGGGAAGAUGCCCUUGAUUUUACCCAGGAAAAUGAGCCUAGCUGUGUUGGUGAGGUGGGCCCUCCAGGUCGCAGCUCUUUGGACAACGUGGAGAUGGCGUAUGCUCGACAGAUUUACAUUUAUAACGAGAAGAUAGUGAAUGGACAUCUGCAGCCUAACCUGGUAGACCUUUGUGCUGCCGUUGCAGAACUGGAUGAUAAGAACAUCUCUGAGAUGUGGGCCAUGGUGAAAGAAAUGACCGACGUUACUCUGGUUCCUGCUAGCGAUCCCUUGAAAGUCCGGACCAACAUGGAGGUGCGUAUGGAGUUCGUGAGGCAGGCUCUGCGCUACCUCGAACAAAGUUACAAGAAUUACACCUUUGUGACGGUGUUUGGAAACUUGCACCAGGCUCAGCUGGGUGGAGUUCCUGGGACUUACCAACUAGUUCGCAGUUUCUUGAACAUCAAACUCCCUGCACCCGUCCCUGGUCUCCAGGAUGGUGAGGUGGAAGGCCAUCCUGUUUGGGCACUGAUUUACUACUGCAUGCGCUGUGGCGAUUUGACUGCAGCCAUGCAUGUGGUGAAGCGAGCACAGCACCAGCUGGGAGAGUUUAAAACCUGGUUCCAGGAAUACAUGCACAGUAAAGAUAAAAGAUUAUCCCCUGCCACAGAAAAUAAACUACGUCUCCAUUAUAGACGAGCUCUGAGGAAUAAUACUGACCCAUACAAAAGGGCUGUUUAUUGUAUUAUCGGCCGUUGUGACAUUACAGAUAACCAGAGUGAAGUUGCUGAUAAAACGGAAGAUUACCUUUGGCUAAAACUGAACCAAGUGUGCUUUGAUGAUAAUGGCACGAGUUCUCCGCAGGAUCGAUUAACAUUGUCACAGUUCCAGAAGCAGCUGCUAGAGGACUACGGUGAAUCACAUUUUGCAGUGAAUCAGCAGCCUUUCCUCUACUUCCAAGUAUUGUUCUUGACAGCACAGUUUGAAGCUGCAAUCGCUUUUCUCUUUCGGACAGAGCACUUGCGUUGUCAUGCUGUUCAUGUUGCUUUGGUCAUGUUUGAAUUAAAAUUGCUCCUGAAAUCUUCUGGGCAAAGUGCACAGCUAUUAAGCCAUGAGGCUGGUGACCCUCCUGGCAUCAGGCGUCUUAAUUUUGCACGGCUUUUGAUGCUUUACACCCGUAAAUUUGAAUCAACGGAUCCAAGAGAAGCUCUGCAGUAUUUUUACUUUCUCAGGAAUGAGAAGGACAGCCAAGGAGAAAAUAUGUUCCUGCGUUGUGUUAGUGAACUCGUAAUUGAAAGCAGAGAGUUUGAUAUGAUUCUUGGAAAGCUGGAAAACGAUGGCAGUAGAAAGCCUGGAGUGAUAGACAAGUUUACUAGUGACACGAAACCUAUUAUUAACAAAGUGGCUUCUGCAGCAGAAAACAAAGGAUUGUUUGAAGAAGCUGCAAAACUCUAUGACCUUGCAAAGAACCCAGACAAAGUUUUGGAACUGAUGAACAAGCUCCUCAGUCCUGUCGUUCCCCAGAUUGGCACUCCCCAGUCCAACAAAGAACGGCUGAAGAACAUGGCCCAUUCCAUUGCUGAGAGGUACAAAGCUCAGGGGAUAAGCGCAAAGAAAUCCAUUGACUCCACGUUCUACCUUCUGCUAGACUUAAUCACCUUUUUUGAUGAAUAUCAUGCUGGUCACGUUGACAGGGCCUUUGAUAUUAUUGAACGCCUAAAGCUUGUACCUCUUAGCCAAGACUGUGUGGAGGAGAGAGUUGCUGCCUUCAGGAACUUCAGCGAUGAAAUCAGGCACAAUUUAUCUGAGGUCCUGCUUGCAACCAUGAAUAUUUUAUUCACCCAGUAUAAGAGGAUGAAAGGCACAAGCCCAGCCACUCCUGCCAGACCCCAGCGGGUAAUGGAAGACAGAGAUUCGCAACUUCGAUCUCAAGCUCGGGCACUGAUAACGUUUGCUGGAAUGAUCCCUUACAGAACAUCCGGAGACACGAACGCCAGACUGGUGCAAAUGGAGGUCCUUAUGAAUUAGCAGAAUUAUUUUGCUUAGGGUUCCAGCAUCCUGUGCCUGCCUUGAGUACAUCAGGAGGGUGGGACCAGUAUUGUUUUGUAUUCUGUAUUUUUGUUGAUGGAAAUAAAUUACUUUGAUUUCU